ACCGAGGCCAUGUUCUUGAUUUCACUUCUCUUUUUGUUGCUCUCACCUGCCUCAAUUUUCGCCAAAAACGUGCCGCGACUCGACAACGCCAAGAACCACGAUCAGCGUAUUGUCAAUCUCUCGUAUACUGGCUUCGGCAGCGCAACGAUCACAUUCAAAGACUCACGAGAAAACGAGAUAUUCGACUACGCCAUUGUCACGAAAUACACCACCUAUCACCCAAAUAUCCUCACCAAUGCUCUAGUGGCCAACGGCUACAAGACUACCAUGCUCGAAAGUGGUAGACUAUGUGGCUGGACGAAAGUUAAAUCCGUGUAUAGAACGCUGGGUAUGGACUUCCGCAACCAUCGUGGCGAUAUCUACUGGAAAUAUAGUGACUCAAUCCACAUACCAUCGUCCAUGAGUCAAGCACCCAGCGAGGACAUUAUCAACGACAUCACAAACAUCCUCAUCCGUAACCCGCCUGCUGGAGACGUCUACUUGCUUUGCACAAUUAUCCUCGCGUGGACAACCAGCCUACUAGGCUACAUGCUCUUCAUGAUACUGCUUAUGGCCUGCAUCAAGAAGUUUGAUCGGAACACGAACAGGUCAAAGGAUACUGAGGUCGACGAGGGUAUCGAGCUCGACUCAAUGGAGAUACCUAAUUACGACAGUCUGUCGGAGACCGUCAUCGGAGCAACGCCAUUCGAGGAUGUCAAAUACACCUAUACCAGCCCUCAGUCUGGUCGCACUCCUUCCACAGGCUCGAUGCGCUCAGAUCUCCUCCCCACGUACUCGCGGGAAGAAACCAGACAUGGGUCGACAUUCGACAAUAUCCGGAUAGGCUAAUACUUUCUGGUGGUGGUUUAGUGGGGUCGUUUGCUCGUUUCACGUCGUUUCAGGGGUCGCGACUUUUCGUUUGCAUGGUCUGAAAGAAGGACGAGUUUGUUAUGUCGCAUUCGAGCAUGCUGUUAUGGUUUUGUGUAUGGCAAACCUACGUUUGUUUGGUUUCUCAUACUUCCUAUCCUUGUGACUGUUUUUAACUUGUCCUUGUUGUCCUUG